AUGCCUUCAAGCUUCUCCGUGAGCAGUAAAGAAAGGGAAGCAAAAGGACUUCGGGCUGAGCUAGAAGCAGCUCAGAAAGAACAAGCUGAUUUGGCCGAGCAGGUAAAGAGAAUUUUUGAAGUUAAUGAAACCGACUCGGGCAUGGUGGCUAGCAGUUCGGUCCCACAUGUCCAGCGAAAGCUCGAUGUGAACAGGCAGCUUCGUGAGGAAGUGGACGCGGUGAAAGCGGAGGCCGAGGUGUGGAAGAAGAACAUGGACCACCUUGCCUUAGUAAAGGAGGCUACCCGAGCUCAACUAGCCUCGGCUGAGACCCAACUCCGAAGCUUGAAAGAGAAAGACUUGGUGCAAGCCAAGAAAAUUGAAGAGUUCAGUCUCGAACUUGCAGCGGCCAAAUCGGAGGUCAAAACGGCCAAGGCUAAUGCUGAUGCAAUGGUGGCCAUCUACCGGUCUGACGCUGAAGCUUCUCAGGUUCGAGCAAAGGAGGUUGCCGAAGCUGCUCAGGCUCGAGCGAACUGGAUUGCCGAGCAUGCCAAAUGCCAGUCUCGAAGGGAGACUCUCGAGGAGGAUUCGAGCAAACUACGCGGGCAUGGUUCGUUUGACGGUUUAGCCCUUAAAAGUUUUUCCUAUCGAGACACUGCUGCCAUGAAGUACCUUCUUUGCAUCAAAGUUGACAUUCGAGGUUGA